AUGACGACCCAGCCAGGAGCGAUCUCGAAGAAGCGCAAGUUCGUCGCGGACGGUGUCUUCUAUGCCGAGUUGAACGAGUUCUUCCAGCGCGAGCUGGCCGAGGAGGGCUACUCUGGUGUCGAAGUCCGAGUCACUCCCACCGUCACUGAUAUCAUCAUCCGGGCCACACACACCCAGGAAGUCCUGGGCGAGCAGGGACGACGAAUCCGCGAACUCACCUCCCUCAUCCAGAAGCGAUUCAAGUUCCCCGAGAACAGCGUUUCCCUGUAUGCCGCCAAAGUCCAGAACCGCGGUCUCUCGGCCGUCGCUCAGUGCGAGUCCCUCCGAUACAAGCUGUUGAACGGUCUGGCCGUGCGAAGAGCAUGCUACGGUGUGCUGAGAUUCAUUAUGGAGAGCGGCGCCAAGGGUUGCGAAGUUGUCGUCAGCGGCAAGCUCAGAGCUGCCCGAGCCAAGAGCAUGAAGUUCACUGACGGCUUCAUGAUCCACUCCGGUCAACCCGCCAACGAGUUCAUCGACCACGCCACUCGCCACGUUCUUCUGCGACAAGGUGUCCUGGGUAUCAAGGUCAAGAUCAUGCGCGGCAGCGACCCAGAAGGCAAGGCCGGUCCCCAGAAGUCUCUCCCGGACAGUGUUACUAUCAUUGAUCCGAAGGAGGAGCAACCGAUUCUGCAACCCAUGUCGCAGGAUUACGGCGCCAAGGCUCUGGCUGCUCAGCAGGCGGCCCAGGACGCCAGAGUGGCCGAGGAGCAGGCCGGUGCUGGCGGCGAGGAGGUCUACGCUCAGGAAUAGAAUGAAUGAGCGUGGGCUCAUGCUGUGCUUGCGUGGGGCGUUUUGUCGAAAUUCACAUAGCAUAGGCUUUUUUCUACCCAGAAAAGAACAAUGGGAAUUCCAUUAAGGGGCAUCUUAAAAGCCCUGGUGCAAGGUGCAUACAGACAUGAUCAAACGCUUCUGAAGACAAUGCCAUGAUGGACUUUCGUACCUUUCCGAUGUAUCGAGGAUAGCUAGAACCUCCACCGUCUGAUCAGACGUUCUAUAUGCAUUUAGUUACGCGUUUUCGGUCUUUUUUUCUGUCUGUUGUGUAUCCUGAUGCAGCCGAGCCUCUCAAUGGAGUCUUUUUGAUUGUGCCUAACCGUUCCAAUUUGGCAACUCACAAGAAGACCUCCACAUUGAACUCCAAGGCACUAACAGGAUACUUGAGCUCGAAUUUUUCGAGCACAGUAGGAUGCAAGAUGCCGAAAGUGCCAAUCUGGACAUCCUUGCCGGCAAUUCUGGCGUGAAUGCUCGCGCCAUGGCCCGGGAAGUAAGUAGGGUCAUCGAGUUCCUGAAUCCAAUAUUCCAUUCCAUGUGGCUUCCCGUUCUUGAUUUCCAAUCCUUCUUCAUGCGUGAUGAACGCGGCCUUCAACAUGGCCAUCAGUCUGUCCAGGAGGCCAUGCACCACCUCGAAGCCCGACGUCUUGCCGUACCAGGCGGCCCCAAAGUGGCGUUCGUUUCGGCUCUUGCGUUCCAGCGACUCGUCCUUGAACGCAACAUCACUGACCUCGAAGAUCUUAAUCGGUAUCGAGUGGUGCUUGUUCUCACGGAUCGUCUUCAGCAGACCCGGAAGGAGUGUCGUGCGCACGACUUGAUACUCGGCGGUUUUGGGAUUGGCCAGUCUCACGGCUGUCUUGCCGUCGUCCUUGCGGUUGAGCCAGCCGAAGUUCUCGUCAUGCGAGCACAAGAUCAACGGUAACACUUCGGCCCAGCCGGCCAUGGCAGCCUCGAGCCGCAGGAUAUCUGACAGCUUGUUGAUGGCUAGCGGGGCGGCGAUGGUGGCGUUUACUCUAGGGAAAGCUCUUGGAAGCCUGUUGAACCCAUAUGCAAUACACACAUCCUCCAUGAUAUCAGCCUGAUGCAACACGUCUGCCCGAGUGGGCGGUACGUCAACGUCAAUCAGGUUCGGGUCGGAUUUGGAUGGUCGCGCAGUGUAUGACAUGCGGGUGAGGAGAUCGCAGAUCUCUUGAGGACUCAGUGACAAACCGCAGCACGCGUUGAUGUAGUCCACCUCGGCUUGCGUGGCCCGAGGCGUCAGGUCAGGCACUUGUCUCGACUCGCCGUUGUGCUCGGAGACAAUCUGGAUGGGUUCCACGGUGAAUUUUUCUGACGUAUAUUGAGAGAACAUGGUGACCACGAUGUUGACGACUGUUUCUAGUUUCGUCUUAUCGGUGGCCGUGACCUCGAUAAAGACGUUCUUGGUGUUGAGAGUGAUCUUGCUCAGAUCGCCGUUGAUGAUUGGUGGCAGCGAGCAUACGUUCCGGUUCGAGUCGUAAAUGACAGGAUAGACAGGCGAGUCGCGGAUUAUGUGAAGGUAGCGACCUAAGUGCUUGUCCUUGUCGUAGAAGGCCAUCAGCUCCUCCCCGUUCAUUUCCUGGGUCUGGUUGAGCGGGACGAAUUUGAUGUCUUUAGGCGGGAGUGCUUCGUAGGUAAAUGGACCUUUGAUUGUGUCGAGGUCGUGCGUUCCAAUUGAGACAAGCGUUCGUUGUCUGGCCAAAUUUUGGUGCAGCUUGUCUUGAAGGUCGAUGAAGGAUUCAUAUCUCUCCUGGUCGAACUUGAUGUUUCGCAGAACCGCGCCCGACACGUACGGUCGUAUCCUUGCCGUGUCCUUGGUAACUGUGAUAGUCUGGAGCUCUCCGUUCGGCGGAGCUUUCAGGACAUAUUGCGGAGCGGCGACUUUGCGGUUGAAGAUGUUGAGCAUGAGCUGAAUGCCUUCAAAGCAAAGCAUGUCAUACCGAUUGGCUGGGAUUUCAAUCUUCAGUUGCGGCGGUUCUUGCUUUCCAUUCACAACUGGCCUCUCGCUGAGCGAAGUAUCUUCGUCCAGUUCGAUUCCGAAGUCGAAACAUAGUUCGUCGAACUCCUCCGUGGUGUAUUCGCGGCCCAAUGCCUGGAACAGGGCAGCCUUGUCCACCGUUAUGGUAGGCAUUUUGGCGACGAUUGUCCUGCGGAGGAGCGGAAACUUGCACUUCUCUAAGAGGUCAGCCUACUCAGAAAGCCUUCUCUGUAAGAUUACCGAACAGAGCUUAGGCUAGCACUUCCCAGGACCUGGCUUCGUCUUCUGGAGACACUAUCAAAAAGUUGCAAAGAGUCAUCUCUUGUAGUCUUGG